GUUAAUUGCUAAAAAAAAUAAAGUGCAGGGGGUAAACUAUGUGUGUUUCCUUUUGGAGUUGGAUUAAAUAUUAGAGUUCCUCGAAUCUGUCUAGGGAUUCCGUGAUGCUGGCUGGUGAGGGAUUCAUUUUUCGUAUUUGUUCGCAUAAUAAUUCUGGAGCGAUCGAUGGUUUUUGAGAAGAAGAGAUGGAUUACUACAAGAUAUUAGAGUUAAAUAAGAAUGCAGCGAAGGAAGAAAUUAAAGAAGCGUAUAAGAGAUUGGCUCUCAAAUAUCACCCAGAUAAGCAUUCCCAAUCCUCGAAGGUAGUAAGAGAAAAUGCAACUCUCAGAUUUAAACAGCUCUCCGAGGCCUACCAAAUUCUAUCCGACGAUCGAAAGCGUGCUGAUUACAACAUCCGUUCUUCCAGUCACAGUAAAAGUAAUCAUAGCUAUGGCUAUGAAAAUUAUUCCCGUUCGUAUAAGAGUCAGCACAGAACCGGUUAUGGUGGUGCUGGUUACGCCUCCAAGUUGGAUUCUGUUUUUCGCUUCUUAACCACACGUGCUUUUCUUCUCAAUUUUGCCUUUGCUGGUGCUUUAAUUGGUGGAACAUUUAUAAUAGAUAUGAGCAGGGAGGCACUUUGGAAAAUACACAAUACUGGAAAAUCAUUUGAAGAAGCCAUGGCCUCUGUCGAGAAAGCCAAGGCAGAUAAGACAUGAGGUGUAAGAUCGUCGUUUAUGUCCCUUGUUGUCUAGUAAUCGGGCCAUGUGCACUGCAUAGUUACUCUUCAACCACGAGUAUUUGCUGCUAGAUCUGCACUGAUUGGUGAUAUGUCACUAUCCUCUUUGACCAAGAGUAUCAUUACUGUUACAUUUAUUCUUGUCCUAUAUGCGGAGUUGUUCUAUUGUAUAGCAUGUGUAAAGUACUGUCUAAUGUAAAAUUAUAGCUUAUCUAAGCUAAAUAUAUUAAAUGUCCAAUACGAGCAUUACUCAAUGCUCAAUAUUUAUAUUUCCUCA